GGAACGCCGAACACCGUCCUCAAGUCAGAGACAGACACCAAGACUUUAACUGUAACACACAGGCUCUUACCCACAGAAUCUGACCACAGAUCAGACUCAGAGACACUGGAGCUGGGGCCACUGGGCUGUCCUCCUGCUUCCAGCUCAGAGUACUUACCGGUAUUUCACCAGAGCCAGAGGACGGCUCUUUCCUGUGGCGAUGGUGACACGUUAGACACUGGUGUUGAUGACCUGUCUUGUUCUUACGCUACAGAGAUGAACCCUGGUAACAUAUCCUUGGGUUUAGAAACACAGACUCAUCUGUUUAGAGGGGAGUGGAACCAGUACAGUAGUAGUAUAUACUCUGAAGGGUGCCUAGAUAAGAAACGGGAGGUUGUAGUGGUAGACGAGGUAUAUAUGCAUCCCAUAUGGAAUGCAGAUAGUCACCUAGGAGACGGACACUCACAGGGCAGAGAUUUCUUAGAUUACAGAGAAAGCUCAGACACAAAUAUAAAUGUUGUCACCCACUCCCCUUUACACGCAUUCGGAGAUCGUGACCCAAUGUCCAAGUCGAUGGCACCUUCCGAUUCACACGGCUGCGUCGAUCAGGUGUUGAACUCAAAGGGCCAUGGCUCGUGGAGGGGGAGCAACAUCAGGCAAUACAUCAGCCAAUAGUAAAGAGAAACGGUUCCUCUGCAUGUUCUGUAACAAAGGCUUCAGCUGCCCCCAGAAGGUGGAGAUCCACCAGAGGGCCCACACAGGAGAGAAACCCUACAGCUGUACCCAGUGUCAUAUGUGGUUUUCCCAAGCUUGUCACCUGAAGAGGCACCAGAGGGUCCACACAGGGGAGAAACCCUACAGCUGCCCCCAUUGUGAGAAGAGGUUCUCCCGCCAGGACCAGCUGAAGAUGCACCUGAAGGUCCAUACAGGAGAGAGGCCAUUUGCCUGUACGCACUGCAGGAAGAGGUUCUCAGAGAGGAGCAACCUCAGGAUACACCAGCAGAAACACCAUUCCAUUCUAUAGCGUCUGGCGUUUUAGAUCAAAGAAGAAGAGAUCUAGAAGACUGUUCUGAAAAAUGGACCUCUGUAGGAGAUGAAAAAUUGGCCUUGUCUUGUACAGAAAAAAGGGGUGUGGAGAUCUGUGCCAGUUCUUGUUGAGUAGUGGUGGACCUGAGUAUUAAAUGUGAAUAGAGAUUGAAAAGAAA